AUGGAAAAUAAUCGUAAAACGUCUCCUGAAAUAAAAUGUGGUGAUUUGAUUUUAAAAUUAGACUUGGGAAAACCUAGUGAAACAGCACAAAAAAAGGCUUUAAAGGAAUUAAGAGAAACGUCAGAAAAUAUUCAAAAAGGCAUAUACGAAUUGAAAAGAUUAUUACAAGCUGAAACUGAUUUAAUUAUACCCCAGGAUAAUGAAGAGUGGUUAAUAAAAUAUUUGAGACCUUGUAAAUUUUAUCCAGAAAGUGCCAGAGAUUUGGUCAGACGUCAUUACAAUUUACGACACAAAUACAAGGAAAUAACAAAUGUCUUGAAGCCCUUUAAAUUGAAACAGGUAUUUGAUGCAAAUAUGGUAACCAUAUUACCCCAGCGUGAUCAACAUGGUCGGCGCAUUAUAAUGUCAUUAAUGGGAAAACAAUGUGAUUACAAUAUCCUGCCAUAUGAUAUCAUGUAUGCCGCCGGUACUUUAUGCACUGAUCUCCUUCAAUUGGAACCGGAAACUCAAAUAAAUGGUGUAGUCUAUAUAGUGGAUUUACAGGGUUUAUCAUUUAGUCAGGCUCUACAACACACACCGUAUAGGAAUAAACGAGUUCUGGACUAUAUACAAAAUAAUAUACCUCUAAGAGUCAAGGGAUUCCAUGUAGUCAAUCAACCGAAAAUCUUUGAACCCAUUUUUGCUGCCAUUAAACUAUUUUUCAACUCGAAAUAUGCCGAACGUAUACAGUUACAUGGCUCGAAUUAUAAGUCGCUGCAUCGUUAUGUAUCGGCCGAAUGUCUGCCGCAAUGCUAUGGCGGCACAAUGAAAACGGAAUUGAUGUAUGGUCGUGAAACCUACCAGUUGCUGUCACAUUUUGAAGAAUAUUUUGAAGACAUUAAGCAUUGGUCUAAUGGCAGUUUUAAGUAUCAGAUCAAGACGACCACACCAUCGUCGCAGAAUGUGUUCAAGAAAAUGUCUGAAAUGGAAACUGAAAUUGAUACGACGGAAAAUCAAAUUCCUGCUGACACUGAUGGGUUUCCAGAGCACGCGACAAAAUAUAUUUCAACCACAAAGAACGUAUUAAGGAUGUGA